UCAGAAAACAAUGUCAUCUGAUGGACUUUCUUCGUAUUUUUUGAUGUGACGAUACUAAUUUUGGAAAGAUGUCCUUAUCAACAACAAAAUCCACCGCUAAAAGCGGUCCAUCUACCAGUCUCACCAUUAUUUUCCUUCUGCUGGGAUCAAUUUCAAUGUCUAUUGGAGAAAGAAAAUCUGCCUCUGCACAUCAUCCUUCAACAGUUCCGUCAACUUCUGGACAUUCUUCAUCUUUGUAUCUUGAUGAAUAUCCUUCGAGUAUUUUCAUUCCGAACAACUUUGAGUCACAACAGAAUUUCUGGAACAAUUCAUUAGGUUUUGGUCCAAAUCAAACCUCUUUGAACUCAUCCUUCUUCGAUGACGAAGGCAUGUGUCCAUACUCUCAGAAUGCCAUUGGGACUUUCAUCACAAUGGUCCUCUAUGCCACAGUCUGCAUUGUGGGACUCUUUGGCAACACUCUGGUCAUCUAUGUGGUCCUGCGUUUCUCGAAGAUGCAAACUGUCACGAACAUCUACAUUUUGAAUCUUGCCAUUGCCGACGAAUGUUUCCUGAUUGGAAUUCCAUUCCUUCUCUUCACUAUGCAAAUCGGCAGCUGGAAGUUCGGGGAGUACGCGUGCAAGGCGUACAUGGUAAGCACUUCCAUCACCCAAUUCACAUCGUCCAUAUUCCUGCUCAUCAUGUCAGCGGAUCGUUACAUCGCGGUGUGUCAUCCCAUCUCAUCGCCACGCUAUCGUACCCCAUUAGGCUCAAAGAUCGUCUCCGGAAUCGCUUGGAUCGCUUCAGCAGUCCUCAUGCUGCCCGUGAUUCUCUUCGCCAACACUGUUGUUCUGCACGAGGACCACUUGUCCUGCAACAUCAAAUGGCCCGAAAGUCACAAUACACAAUCGGGUACCACAUUUAUACUGUACACACUGAUUCUAGGUUUUGCUACACCGUUAUCUUUUAUCUUGUGCUUCUACUACCUGGUCAUACGGAAGCUCCAUACCGUCGGGCCAAAGAAUAAGUCCAAAGAAAAGAAACGGUCGCAUCGCAAAGUUACUAAACUCGUCCUAACAGUGAUUACAGUAUAUGUCCUAUGUUGGCUACCCUAUUGGAUAUCUCAAGUGGCCUUGAUAAAUUCCAAACCCGAUGCGUGUAGGUCGCGUCUGGAGAUAACGGUGUUCCUCUUGGUUGGUUGUCUGGGCUAUUCCAAUUCGGCCAUGAAUCCGAUAUUGUAUGCGUUUUUGAGUGACAACUUUAAGAAGAGCUUCAUGAAGGCGUGUUCCUGUGCCGCCCGCAACGACAUCAACGCCCAAUUACAGCUGGAAAAUAGUUUCUUCCCGAAAUUCGGCAAGAGUAAGCAAAAGGAACGUCUCCUCAGCUCCAAGGCAAAAGCGAAAGCGGCUCGAAAUAACAAUAUGAACACAACUGUCACCACGGCUACAAUUGUCGGCGAUACAGGAACUGUCGCUUAUACCGAUGAUGGAGGUGGUUGCGGUGGUGGUGGUGGCGGUCAUAGGGGACGAUUGAGUGUAACGAUUCUGAGCAACAGUGGGAAUUCAUCGACGACAAAUACCGGAAACGGCGAGCAGACACUCUCCACCACAAUGACUAGCACGGGUGGGAAGCCGCCAGUUUUGCAUACUGAUUUGUAAAUUCAAAUAGUUAUUCUUAUUUUUAAAUAAAAAAGGGUAAUUUUAAUAAAACUUAAAAACAAAAUAAAACAAAACACUUAAGAAUAAUAAGGGGAGAUAAGUUUGAUUUUUGUAUACAAUUUAUAAAAAUUAAAAUAUAUAAUCGUUGCUUAGUUCUUUUUUAAGUUUAGAUAUGAAUAUUUUAAAAAUUAAAAUUAAAACAAAUAAAUAAAUAAUAAAAUAAUUUUUUACAUGAUAUUUGGAAAAAAAAAAUUAAGUAUGAUUUAUUUUUUAAAGUAAAUUAAAAACAAGGGAAAAAUUGAAAUAAAAAUAUUAAAUUAAAAAUAAUGUUGUGAGUACACAGA